AUGUCACCUAAUGACAAAAGAUUAUAUAUUUAUCGAGCCCUUCCAAUUUACUUGGAUAAAAUGUUCAAUCAGUAUGUGGCUAUAAUUCUCUCUGUUAUUUUUGUUCUAUUUUUUGGAGAGGUUAUCCCACAAGCUAUAUGCACUAGAUAUGGACUUGCAGUAGGUUCCAACUUUGUUUGGCUUGUUCGGAUUUUGAUGAUAAUUUGCUACCCAAUUUCAUACCCAAUUGGAAAGAUUUUGGAUUGGGUAUUAGGACAUAAUGAAGCUUUAUUUAGGCGAGCUCAGUUAAAAGUCCUUGUCUCCAUCCACAACCAAGAGGCCGGCAAGGGUGGUGAGCUUACACAUGACGAGACAACAAUUAUAAGUGGGGCACUAGAUUUAACUGAGAAGGUAAGAGCUGAGGAGGCUAUGACACCCAUUGAAUCAAUGUUUUCCUUAGAUGUCAAUUCAAAGUUGGAUUGGGAGGCUAUGGGAAAAGUUCUUGCUCGGGGGCAUAGUCGAGUUCCUGUCUAUUCUGGGAAUCCGAAGAACGUUAUUGGACUGCUUAUGGUGAAAAGUCUUCUUACUGUACGACCUAAAACAGAGACUCCAGUCAGUGUCGUUUCCAACCGGAGAAUACCAUUUGCAAAUAGCAUUGUUAGGAGGAAGUUCAAACGUCGUGAAAGGAAGUGUAGACAAGAUGACCUUCAAGAAGGAAACAAGAAUGGGGACCAUAUGGUCAAAUGUCCAUUCAGCAUUCAUAAAGGACUAGUCCAUAUCAUGUCUGAACUAGAGAAAAUGGGACUACUGACCAUGACUGCUAGCUGGCGCCGUGCUAGAGCGAUGGUGUCCCGAGCCAAAAAUUUUGACACAAGGCUUGCUAAGGUUAAGAAAGCGCUUGAAGGGAAAAACAUUGAGUUGCUCGAGAAGAAUAAUGAGAUAACUAAGCAGAACGGUGAGUUUCUUGAGAAGAAUACAGAGCUGCCUAAGCUGAAAGAAGAACUGCUCGAGCAAAAAUCCACUCUGAACGAAGAGCUGCUGCAGGUUCGUGAUGGCCUGAAGAAAUCCAACGAAGACAAAGAAAAAUUCAAGGAAAGCGCCAAACUUAACUAUCAGCAGGCCGCCCAGCUUAAGCUUGAUUUGAUUGCGAGCAUGCAGAAGACAGAGGAGCUGGAGAAACGCCACAACCGGGAGGCUAACUUCAACUAUCUGUCAGAAUGCCUGAGGCAGACUCUAAUGUCUCAGUGUGCCAUUCGCCUGGAGGAAGAAGAGAGGGCUAAAGUACCUGCUUCCCCGGAGAUUUCUCUGGCAACAGGGAUAGAUGGUGCAGACAAUGAAGCUGACACAGCUGUCUACUAG